UUAUUAGCUUUUCUCUGUAUUUCUUCAGCCCCAAAAAUGGCUGCUUCACUUCCUAGAGCAGCCUUCUCUUUACUCUCUUUGCUUAAUUCAACCAUAAAUAAACCUUCCUUAUCACCAUUUUCAUCUCCAACACCUUCUUUCUUCACAAUCAAACCUAAGGUUACUAAUUUUUCUAGGUUUAUAUCAUCAUCAAUGGCUUCAGAUUCAAAGGAUUCGCCUUCUAAUAAUCCAGGUCUUCAUGCUACCCCUGAUGAAGCAACUAAAGAUUACUUUUUGCAACAAACAAUGUUUAGAAUUAAGGAUCCCAAAGUGAGUCUUGAGUUCUACUCCAAAGUGUUGGGCAUGUCCUUGCUCAAGAGAUUGGAUUUCCCUGAGAUGAAGUUCAGCUUAUACUUCAUGGGGUAUGAGGAUACAACCUUAGCACCCAGUGAUCCAGUUGAACGUACUGCUUGGACCUUUAGUCAGAAAGCUACAUUAGAGCUUACACACAACUGGGGUACUGAGAGUGACCCUAAUUUUACAGGUUACCACAAUGGAAAUUCGGAACCACGUGGCUUUGGACACAUAGGUGUUACUGUUGAUGAUGUCUACAAGGCUUGCGAGAGAUUUGAAAGUCUGGGAGUGGAGUUUGUAAAGAAACCUCUUGACGGAAAAAUGAAAGGUAUUGCAUUUAUUAAAGAUCCUGAUGGCUAUUGGAUCGAGAUCUUUGACACAAAACUUAUCAAAGACGCUGCUGGUUCUGCUUCUUAGUUCAGGAGCGCUUGAGGCUUCAGUCACGAGUCUUGAUCAACUCAGAGAUCGAUUGAAGAGAGUUUUUUCCAGAAAUGAACAUUUUCGUGUUGUGUUUAAUCUGCUAGUGAAUGAAUUUUGUGCCAUGUUUUGGGCAAAAAAGCUUUUUACCUCUGUAAUGUAAACAAAACAGAUGUAUACUGUAUUUCAAAAUAAUAGAUUUGAUGUAAGUUAAACAAAAAUUCAAUAAGAAAAACUUCAAUUAUUGAA